CGGAUAGUCUCUGACAGACAUCUGUGAACACGCGAUCGGCAAAUAAAACCAACUGUUUCAAUAAUAUCAUAAAGGUAUAAAGUCAGACCAUGUAUAGUAGCAAGUCACAGGUCUUCUAACAGCCUUUCGUUCACGACGCGUAUUGCCUUUAUAGCCUCUUUGCCGCUUUUAAGCCUUCACGACUACCACCAUGAUGAAAUCUGUCGGCCUUGUCCUUCUUCUCACAGCAGCCUUUGCCUACUCCGGUGUUGAAGGUGACAAUGCGUGUGAAACGGCCCUCAGUAACAAAGCUAUGAAUGCAGGCCUGGAUUCUGCCUACACCGCUUGCAGGUCAGAUCCAGCAGGACUUGCCGCCUUGAAAGCCAUCGAAGGUAUUCCUGUCUGCGCGGGCUACAUGUGGUUUGCCGGCGAUAUCAAGUGCGAAGUUGCCGCAGCUCCCUACAUGAAAUGUGUAGCGGGAAAACUUGGUUACUUGAACGCUAAUGGCUCUAUCAACAACACAAAGAUCUUAGCACAGUUCAAGACUUGGGCCACUAGUGAUCCCAACUGCAACGUUGCUCAGUACAACUUCGCUGCGAAUAAAUGUGGCACUACCAUUAACAACUACGCCUUUGUGGCGAAGGCCGUAUGCAUCAUUUUGGCGACGGACCAGUACACUGGGUUACCUGCGCAAUCUGGCCCUCAUUCCUUCAUCUUAUUGGCGGCUUUGAAGUGUUCACAACAGGUGCACAAUAAUAAUUAGGGAUCACUUUCUCCAGUCAAUGCGUCCACGUACAGUAAAAAUUAUCUAAUGGGAAGUUCAUUGUAAUUCGUAAAAUAAUAAA